AUGCACUGGAUGUACACGGGACCCAUCCCGGAGCUGGCUGAUAAAUUUUCUGUCGAAGGGCUGGCGUUUAGUCAAGAACUGAGGGAACCCGGUAUCGUCUUCGAGGCGCGCCCACAGCUUCACAGGUUUCCGUGGGCGGGCGGUCGAACAUAUCCGUCCGCAAGGAGCUCAAACGGCAGGCCUUCAGUAUCAAAAAAGGUGUUCGUCCGUCCCCUUGGGAAUUCUCUGGACCGUCUGGAGGAACGAACAGGGCACGACGAAUGGCAACGCGCGGCACUUGGUCAAACCCCGAAGCAAGCAUUGCACCAACGUCAACGCCUUACGACUUAUCAAGUAUAA